UUGCCCUCUCUCCCUCCCUAAAACCCCAACGAGAAAGAGAGAGAGAGAGACAGAUGCAAAUGUCAUCAAAACUCCGCAGCUUACCGAUUCUUCUAAGAGUUCCGAUUUCUGUAAAAUCCCACCGAUUUCUUCUCUCCUCCGACCAUUUUUAUACCACUCACCAAUGGCAGCAGCAGCAGCAACAACAGCAGCACUCGUUCUUCUCCUCUCUUUCAAUCCCUCCUCCAUCUGGCUUUUCAAUACUACCUCCUGCAGGGAUUGCUCAUGACAAUAGGGUAUAUUUAAGUGCCGAUGUUCGGCCAAUGGGUCAUCAUCCUCUGUGCUCGAUGAUGUCAAGGGCGUGUUUAACCUCGGAAGCAACUCAAGUGAAUGAAAGUUCCACAGAGACUGUAAGGGAGCUAUAUCUGAAAAUGCUUCAAUCGGUUGAAGCUGAAACCAUGCCUCCAAAUGCUUGGCUGUGGUCACUAGUUCAAAACUGUGCAAAUCGAGAGGACAUAGAGCUUCUAUUCCAAAUAUUGCAGAACCUUCGAAGAUUUAGGCUAGCGAACCUUCGCAUCCAUUCGAAUUUUAAUUCUCAUCUUUGUCUAAGAAUUGCGGAGGCAUGUGCUCGUGCCGGUGCCCUUGACUAUGGGAAGAGAGCACUGUGGCAACAUAAUGUUUAUGGAUUAACUCCUAGCAUUGGCUCCGCUCAUUAUUUACUUUUACAUGCCAAAGAACACAAUAACACUAAGCUUAUGGUGGGAAUCAUGAAACUCCUGAAAAGGAACUCAUUGCCACUACAACCCGGUACAGCGGACAUAGUUUUCAGCAUUUGUUACAAUGCGGAUAAUUGGGAUUCAAUCUCAAAGUAUGCAAAGAAAUUUAUCAAGGAGGGAGUGAAACUGCAUCGAACUGCAUUUGACAUAUGGAUGGAGUUUGCUGCCAAAAUAGGAGAUGCUCAAUCUAUAUGGAAAAUUGAAGAGCUGAGGUCAAAGUCUGUGAAGCAGCACACUCUUGCCACUGGGUUUUCUUGUGCCAAGGGAUUUCUACUUGAACAUAAGCCUGAGGAUGCUGCUGCCAUGAUUCAUAUGCUCAACCAGAUUCUUCCUGAUCUGAAGAAGCCACUUAUCCCAGCUGAGCUUGAGAAGAUGGUUAGUCAGUGGCCUAAAGAGGUGGUAAAGCGGCAAAAGAAAGAAGAAGACAGGAAGGCACUAGCUAGUUCCUUGAGAAAAGACAUCCCAGCGAUGGUUGACUCUCUGCUGAAAAUGGGUUUAGAGGUGAUGGUGGAUAUGAAAAUUUUAUUCGAGAAAGAAGGCAUUCCAUCCUAAAAGAGAGAAAAAUAGUUGAAGGGAAGUGGAAAGCAGCAUCACGUGUGGAAUAUUUCAAUAUUGGCACGUUUAACUCCAGCAUCGACUUGAGGAUGACUAUGAAUUGGUUUUUUCUCGGAGUAAAAUGUCAAAGAUUCAAGCUCCAUGGUGUUUGUUCAGAGGGAAUUGUUUCAUCAUUCUAGCAAGUUGUAUUUGGUAUAUGUAGUUCAAUUUUAUUUUGAUCGAUGGUGUUUUGGGCCUCUAUAAUAUUUGAAUUUCGUUGGAGAUAACAGCAGAAAAUGGAAUUUUUGCUCUAAUUAGAGAACUUUUUUUUAUUGAAGCAUACUCUUCCUUAAGUUU